UAAUCACCAAGCGGCGCCAUCGAGCAAUAUUUUGAACCUUCAGUAGCAGUGAAUCAUUUUCUGAAGCGAGUGAUUCAGUGUUUCAGUGUUUCAAUAUAGGAUUCAGAAAGCUGCAUUCAGUACGCCGACCUUCCUAAAACCUGGCAUUUGUGGAUUCGAGUCUGCAGUGAUUUCGUUCUGCUGUUCUUAGAAGCUGAAUUUGUGGAAACUAUGCUCGUGGAUCUGCUCGCAUCGAAUAUCUUCAAAAUCUUUUAUAUCAGUAUUAGGACUGAAGUGCAGCUCCACUCUGGAAAUCAUCAGCAGAGAAGCAAGUCCCUGCUCCUCUUCUCCUCGAGCCAGCAUCAGAAAGUGGACAAAAAGUGGUGGACAAUGACGCCUGGACGCUAAAAAGAGGACAGUGAAGAGUGGACAGUGAAGUGUCGAUACUAAAAAAGAGAAGGGUAAACAGUAAAGACUGGACGAUAAAAAGUGGACAAUAAAGAACAUUCAAGAGUGGACACUAAAAAAGUGAAGAGUGGAUGCUGAAAGGUGGACAGUGAAGAUUGGACACUAAAAAAGGGAAGAGUUGAUGAUGAAGAAUGAACACUAAAAAGUGGAGAGUGCACAGUGAAGAUUGGACACUAAAAAAAGUGGACAAUAAAAAGUAAACAAUUAAGGGUGAACAUUAAAUAGUGGACACUAAAAAAGGGAAGAAUAGAUGCUGAAAAAUGGGCUGUGAAGAGUGGACACUAAAAAGUAGGGAGUGAAGAGUGGACAGUAAAAUAUAGAUGCUGACAAGUGGACAAAACCAGUAGAUAAUGAAGAAAGAACAGUGAGGAGCAAAGAGUGGACAGUAAAGAGCAGACAAAGAACAGUCUGGGCGAUGUAGAGUGAUAGAGAGGUGUGAACAAGGAAUGGACACAGGAGUGUGGACAACAAAGAGUGGACAAAAAAACAACAAUGAAGAGUGGACAAAGAAGACUGAGCAGAAAAAUAUGGACACUGGAAAGUGGACAGUGUAGACACUGUAACAGUGAAUCGCAGACAGAGAAGAGCUGGCAGUGAUGAUUGGACAGUACAGAGUGAAUACUGGACAGUAGGAGUAGACAGUGAACAGCAAACAGUGAUGGUUGGACAGUGAAGUGAACUUAGAUGAAACAGUGAUAUAAGAGAAUGGUGUGUUUUACAGGGGGAGUACUUGCUUUGUGGGCUCUGGUAACCUGCGCAGGAGCUCAGCAACAAGUUGUAGCCUCUGUUUCCUGGGAGCCAGUGCAGCAGAGUGUGUUGCUGGAGGAAGUGUUGAGGGAGGACUCUGUGGUCUAUGGCUUCUACAACCACAGCCUAGAGCACACAGGCUGGGGAGUGCUGGAGCUGCGUGCAGGCUACGGCCAGACAGAGCACAGUGAUGACAUCACCUACUUUCUGGCUGGAUACCUCGAGGGCUACCUCACUGCCCCAUGAAUGGCCAGCCACUAUCUCAACAUGCACUCUCACUUAAUAAAGGAUAAAAAGGUUCUCAAUCCUCUAAAGAAGUUCUUAAGUGACCAGGAUUCUUGGGCUCGGGAGCAGGUGAGAUUAAAUGAGAAUAAUGAUCCACUUUGGCAGCAAGUAGGGCUAACACUGGCUCAGUUGGAUGGACUGCAUGCUGGGGCUGCACACUGGGCCAGAAGCAGACAUAAAAGGCCUCUGUCAGUGUUUGCGGUUCAGUUCCUUAAUGCUAUCGGGGACCUACUGGACCUAAUCCCUGUUCUCAGAAGUCGCUCCAGCUUCUUUCUUGAUUCCUUCAGAAUGCCAGGAAUGGGCCACUGCUCCGCUCUCAUUAAGAUGUUACCCGGCUAUGAGAAUCUGUUGUUUGCUCACUCCAGCUGGUAUACCUAUGCUGCCAGCAUGAGAAUCUACAAACACUGGGACUUCAAACAGAGCAACAGUCACACUGGCACUGGCAAGGUGUCCUUCAGUAGCUACCCUGGACUGCUCUCAUCUUUGGAUGACUUCUAUCUGUUGGGUAAUGGACUGCUUAUUACCCAAACCACAAACAGUGUGUUUAAUACCUCCCUGUACGCACUGGUAACCCCAGAGGCCCUGCUUGCCUGGCAGAGGGUGCGUCUCGCAAACUCUCUUGCCCACACAGGGGAGGAGUGGGCCCAGGUGUUUUCCAGAUAUAACUCUGGUACGUAUAAUAACCAGUAUAUGGUGGUGGACCUGAACAGGGUGUUGCUAGGCAGGGAGAUUAAGGAUGGCGCUCUGACUGUGGUGGAGCAGAUACCAGGGCUUGUGGUGUACUCGGACCAGACACAGGCACUGCGGCAUGGUUACUGGUCAUCUUAUAAUAUACCCUUCCACUCCGAUAUUUACACUUUGAGUGGUUAUGGGGUGAUGUGGGAAAUACACUGGGAGGACUUCUCCUAUGACCUUUGUCCCCGAGCCAAGAUUUUUCGCAGAGACCAAGCAAAGGUCACAGAUCUGGCCUCCUUGAAGUACAUAAUGAGAUACAAUGAUUACAAGAACGAUCCGUACUCCAAGAGACACCCGUGUAAGACCAUCUGUUGCCGAAAUGACCUAAGGCUUAGAAGGCCCUUUCCAGGAGGAUGUUUUGACACCAAGGUCACCGAUUAUCACAUGGCCAGGAAGCUUGUGGCUGAGGCUGUAAACGGUCCCACCACUCAAAAUGGCUUGCCACCUUUUACUUGGAGUCGUUUUAACCAGACUGCACAUCAUGGGCUUCCUUUGAUUUAUAACUUUUCCUUUGUCACAAUGCAGCCUUCUCUGUUUCUCCCCUAAAGGCAGAUGUUUGCCAUAGGUGUCAGCUUGUAGGAACACAGACAAGAGUAUAGACAUAGAAACAAUGAUUCAUACACUUUGGGAAUCUCUCAAGUAAAGCACUGUGAUUUUGUACAGUACGUUUGAAGAGCUCUUGUGUGCAAAAUGUAUUUAGGGAAAAACAAUAAUAGUUUUACUGUGUACUUGGUUUACCUUAGACAUUUUAGCAAUUCCAGACAGCCACAUCAAUGGAUAUGUUUGUUUUUAUAAAACCUCAUAAAUGUUAUUUAUUCUAAAUAGAUAUAUAUAUAUUUUUGUCAUAUAUAUUUUUUCCUGAUUCUGAAAAUAAAUAAUUUGUCCUUCCUAAUAGUUUUUACUUGAAACUGAAUAAGAAAAUGGACUUUAACUUUGGCACAGUACAGGUUGAAUUGUUGAAAAUAUACCAUAAAAUAAUAACUUUAAAGAACAAAAACACAUCUCUCAGUCAGUCACAGAAAAACUAUGUCAAUAUAAAUGUAGUUGCUGUCUUGAAAAAUUGUGACACUGCCAGAUUUUCAAUCUAUGCAGAGUAAUAAGAGAAUGUCUGUAGAUGUAAGAGAGUGUCCAACUUCAGUCGUUUAAAAUAAUUUUCAGAGGCUUUUCCAAGACUCUUAGUGUGGCAUAUUUAGCAUAAUGGGGGUAAAAUGGCCUUUUAUGAUUUCCGUUUUAGGUUUUAUUGUUUAGCUACACCCCCUGAUACAUCAUACAUUAAUUAAAAUGUAUUCAUGAAAUAUAAAAAAUACUUUUAGCUGUGAAACAGUAUUUGCUCCCCCACAGAUUUAUUUUGUCAUAC